AUGGGGGUCUGGGUGCCCUACGUCGCCAUUCCAUGCGUUGUGCUGAUCAACCUGAUAGCCUAUGCGUCAAACGAGAACAGCUGGGCCUGGCGGCGACUGCGCGGGGCGCGGCCCGGGCUGCUGGCAGUGUCAAACAGAGCCGCGGGCGUGUCGUGCCAGCAGCGUCCCACCUCCUUCUGGGCCUGGGAGCUGAUUGACUCUUCCGCCAGUGUCACGUCAUGGGUGGUGCCGCAGUGGGUGCUGCUGGCGCUGCGGCUGUCUGCGCUGCUGUUCUUUGCCGCACUGUUUAUUGUACUGGAGCUGGCCUACACGCUGCCCGGCCCCACCUGGCUGGUCUACUUCACCAACUGGAGCUUCUGCGCCUUUGCCCUCAGCAUGCUGCUGGGCUCGGCCCACACCGCGGCAGACAUGCGGCGCCGGCGGCGCCGGCAGCGCCAGCUGGCGGGCUCGGCGGCCGCAACCGCCAGCGCCCCCGCCACCGCGGCUGAAGCCCCAGAGGGCCAGCAGCAGCUGCUGUCGGCCAUGGACCCAGCCGACCCAGAGGCGCCGCCCCAGCCGGCGGCCUCGGCAGAGCUGGCGCUGGAGCUGCGGCACCUGCAGGGGUUGGCCCCGGCCGCCGCGCCCCUGGUCGCCGCCGGCGUCCCCACGACCUGCUCCGCGGGCGGCGCUGUGCCGGCCGGCGGCGCCGGCGCUGCCGCAGCCAGCUGGGGCCUGCUGGCCAAGGCUCACCUGUUGGCUGCGGAGGUCGCCUUCCCCGCCGAGCUCUUCCUCACCGCCUUCUACUGGGCGCUGCUGCAUGCCGACGACGAGGGGCCCCUGGGCAGCACCCUGAUGGUCCACGGCCUCAACAACCUGUUCACUCUGGCGGACGUGGCGCUGUCUGGCAUGCCCUUUGUCAGCUACCACUUCCUGGCGCUGCUGCUGUACGGCAGCACCUACCUGGCCUUCAUGUGGAUUUACUACGGCGCCAGCGGCAUCUGGGCCUACUCCGUUUUGGACUGGAGCAAGAGCAGCAGCAUGCUGUACUAUCUGCUGCUGCCCCUCUUGCUGGCCGCGGGGUUCUUCGCGUAUGUUGGCGUGGCCUGCCUGAGGGAGCGCUGCGUGCGGCGCCGUGGCCAGGCACAGCAGCAGCAGCAGCAGGGAGGGGCGGCCGCCGACAAGGCCGCCGGCUCUUCGCUAGAGCUGCGGGCGACUCCAGUGGGCGGCAUGCUGGAGCCUUGA